CCGUCCCAAUAGGUCCCACGUUAUUGUCUCGCCAUGACCUUGGCUUAAUCGAUCUCGCCUUUUCCCUUUCACUGACAAUAGCUGAUUUCCUUUCUUUUUCUUCUUCAUUAAGUUGUGUCCCAAAGUACUGAUAAAAUCCUCCCUUCUUUCCCAAAUAAAUAUUCCAAGCCAAAAGGUUUCUGAGAAAAAGGUGCUAAAAACAAAACAAAAGAAAAGCUAUCUUCAUCCUCAGAAAGCAUGGCCAUCGAAACGGAAAAGCCAUCAGUAGCUCCCCCCCAUGGUUUUCUUAACGUCGGCAGCCAGCCUCCCCAGUAUGUACCUUUGAACAAUGGCCAUCAACAAGUGGCGCCCGUGAAUGCACCGAAUCACACCAUUAUCAAUGUUGGCGGAUUUGGUGGCGGAUGUCCCUCUUGUCGAGUGGGCGUAUUAAGAAAAAGCCAUUGUACGUUCUGUGGCGUUCUCUGGUCGAUUCUUCUAUUUCCUUGUGGACUUUUAUGUCUUUGCUGCUGCACUAAAGAUCGCUGCUCCAAUUGUUCCUACACACAGAACUGAUGAAGUUCCUUUAACGGCAGAACCCAACAGCCUUGAAGGUCGCAAAAAAAUUGUGCCUGUGUGUUUAUCAAUCUUUGUUUGUUUAAAUUGUUAAGUGAGAAUCACUGUUAUCACAAAGAAAUGUUACCGUAAAACGGAAUAAUUGCUUAAAAUGUGUUGUAACCAAGAUAUAACGAACGUCAAUGCCAAAUAAAUGGUUGUUACGUUGUA